AUGCCUGCAUCAGUAGCCUCCGCGCCGGUGAACCGCACAUCAACCAAGUCUGCCGCCUCGCGCCCCAAGAAGGCAGCCUCGACCGCAGGCAAGAAGACACAAAGCACUACCAACGGCGCAUCGAACGGCAUCCAGCAACACGCAUCGCCCUACACCAUCAUGGCUUCCCGAAUUGCAAACCGCGUCGCCGAGAUGGCGGAGAACAUGACCUUUGUUGAGCGCGACAGGGCACCACCCCAGUCGGAGCAGAAGCAAGUUGAAAAGCCCGCGCCCGCGACCAAGAAGCCGCCCAGGAAGCUCGAAAUGCGGCUGCCCAACUCGGGCGCCUCUCCCACCAACAUCACCUUCAGCGCGCCGUUCCUCGACAACACACUCUCCAAGCUGCUGACGCUGCAGAACCGCAUGCUGACUGUGUCCAACGACAUUGCGGCGAGCGAGGACGUCGACGACAAGACCAAGCAGGAGCAGUUUGCGCAGAGCGCGGAGCUGAGCAGGAUCAUUGCGCUGAUUUGUGCGGAGAAGGCUAGGCAGGGCGCCUAG